AUGACUCCCAUAAACUGUCCAAAUUAUAUUUUAAAUUCUAAAAAGGACACAAGUCGUGUGCAAUCUAUCAAGCUAGUCAGGGUCACCAAGGUGCUGGGCUGAACCGGUUCCUAGGGACAGUGCAUGCAGAUAUGUGUGGAAUGCAUGGACAACAGGAGCCGCUCCAUCAUCUGCAAAGUGAAAGGCCUUGCACGUGAGAGCAAUAUGUUCACCCUGUUGGAUUCAAAGCAAGAGGCUAGGAGGGUGCGCUGA